CAAGAAAGAAACCAAAACCGAGCCACUACUCUUUGGUGAAUUUUGCAAUUGAACUUUAGGGUUUAUGGUUAAGCACAAGUCACUAGAUAAAAUAGAAAGUGUUCCGGAGAGGGAUUAGUUUAGUCGCUUGCUUGCUCCAAGAGAAUUUUCAGAGAAAAAGGUUUGACGACAGUUGCGGCUAUGGCGGCGAAUCUCCAAGACGGUGUUUCCGAUGACUUUGACUACGAACAUUGGUCUCCAAUGGCGGAAACUAGACUGAUGGAGAAUGGAGUUUGGGAUGUUGUUCAAAACGGAGUCUCGCCAAAUCCAACGAAGAUUCCAGAGUUAGCGGCGACUAUCAACUCUAUAGAUCUUGCACAAUGGAGAAACCGUGUGAUCAAAGACAACAAAGCGCUUAAGAUAAUGCAAUCUUCUCUCCCAGAUUCGGUUUUCAGGAAAACUAUCUCUAUUGCUUCGUCCAAGGAUCUUUGGGAUUUGCUCAAAAAAGGUAACGAUAACAAAGAAGCUAAGCUACGUAGAUUAGAGAAACAAUUCGAGAAGCUUAUGAUGUACGAAGGAGAACCAAUGGAUUUGUACUUGGAGAGAGUUUUGGAAAUCACUGAAAGGUUCGAAGUUUUGGGAAAUCCGAUAUCCGAUGGUAAGGUUAUCGCCAAGCUGUUGACCUCGCUGACAUGGUCAUAUGAUGAAUCUAUUCCUGUGUUGGAGGAAUUCAUGACUUUGCCUGAUCUGACUCUUUGUGAUCUUCUUAAGGCUUUUGAACUGUUUGGAUCACAUCCUGAAACUAUGCCUCAGGAGUUGAUGAAGUUCAUUAACAUUCUUAGAAAAGCCCACUCUGAUCGGUUGCCGUGUGGUGGGUACGAGAAGAACAAUCACAACCAAGAAGACUGGUAUUACAACCCUUGUGUAGUGAAUUCGAGUGGAGCCAGUCAAUUUAGAGGCCAAUGCUUUCGAUGUGGAGGACAAGGGCAUUAUGCAAGAGAUUGCGGCAACACUAGGAAUCUGCAACCGGCAGCAACACAACAAGCUCGGAUCCAAAAACCUGAGCAUCUGAUGUUAGGGGUAACUGUUGGUGGUAUCACAUUUGAUGAGGAUAUGUGGAUGAUGACAGACCAAGGCUGUUCAGUAACAAUGGGAGGAGGCAAAUGCAUUAUGAAGAAUCACACUGGUAAAGUAUUUGGAGAAGCCAUGUUGGAAGAAACAGGAUAUGUAAUGCGUUUGCAGCGGCAGAUCUUGGCCGUAGGCAUUGUGACACAAACUUGUGCGUAUUUCUUCUUGGCCGCCUCUGUCCCUCGCUUGGGCUCUUCUUCUUCAGCCAUGGCUACUUUAGCCAAAGAACAAACCGCUGCUGCUGCAGCCGUGAACAUGAGGUCCCUCCUCAUUGUGGUGCUGCUCUGUUCCUUGACUUCUAAGCUGGGUGUGUUGUCGCUCGUGGAGGCUUUGACUACCGAGAGCCUUCGUCCGCUGGUGGCUGAGGGAAGCUUGGCGACGGCCGGGAGGAAGGUAGCGGUCAUGGUCAUCGAUGCCAUUGCUUGAUAGUUGAUUGAAUCCUACGUUUGAUCUUUCUCUCUUUCUCUGGUUGGCUCUUGGUUAAUGGUUUGUGAGCUGAUGGGAAUGUGUUUAAGAAGUUGGGUAAUUUGAGUUUGUGGAAUUGUGGAGAAAUGAUAUCCAUUUCCUUAUCCACAUAUGAUUUUCGUGCAAAUGGGUUCUUGCCACGUGUCAUGUUCUAUCUUUUGUUAAGAAGAACCAUGAAAAAAAAAAGUGUACAGAGAUACUUUUGUUGUGGAGUCCACAUGUGGGUCCAUCUUUUUACUCUAUGAUAUAAUCGACUACUCUUUCAUAAACACAUCUUUGUAAA